CAUGCGGAUUUGUCGCUGGUGGCAGCCGCUGCCCGUCAAGCCUGACGGACGGACGCCCCCCUCUUUCCGCCCCCCCGUCCCGGAAAGCCCCUCCCUCGCCCCCUCCCUCGCCAGCACCUCCUGCCGCCUGUCAGUCGGAGCGGAGCGCGGUGUGGUGCGGGGAGCGGCGGCACGGCAACGGCGGAGAGCGGGCGAGAGAGGGAGAGAGAGAGCGAGGAGCCGAGCUCUCCCCUCCCUCCCUCUCUCCCUCCCUCCCUCCCUCCCUCCCUCCCUCCCUUCCUUCCUCUUCUGUCUCCCUUCUUUCCCUGCUCCCUCCCUCCGUUCUUUCUGCUUCUCUCUCCCCUCAUUCUCACUCUCCGUCUCACCCACCCCGAUCUCCGUUUGUCUUCCCCUCUUCCUUCGUCACACACGCACACACUCUUUCCCUCUCCCCGUUUUUCUGUCAUUUGAAUUCGCUUCUCAAAGCGGCCAGCGGCUCCUCUAUGAAUCCCGUCUGUUGAUCUGUCACCCUUCCCUCCACCCCCUGUCCCCUCCCAGCUCCACUCCUGUACCUGGAGCACGGCAGGAGCGGCAGCCGAGCAGCAUGUCCCGAAGGAAACAGAGCAAACCCAGGCAGAUCAAACGGCCGCUUGAGGAUGCCAUUGAGGAUGAAGAAGAAGAGUGCCUGUCUGAGGAAAAUGAUACUGUCUCAAAAGAAGACUUUCCAUUGGAGGAAAGCUUUUCUGCAGAGUUUGAGCCUGAAAAUCUGAACUGUGAAGAAGUGGAAUACUUUUGUAAUAAAGGCAAUGAAGAAGGAAUCCAGGAGGCAGCAGAAUCUGAUGGUGAUGCGCGGUCAGAGAAGCCAGGGCAGCUUGCUGUGGAGAAUGAAGAUUGGGAUGGGCCAGGAGAGUUGGAGGUGGUCCAGAAAGAUGGGGAGCGCAAGAUUCAGAGCCGGCAGCAGCUUCCGGUUGGAACAACAUGGGGGCCUUUUGCUGGGAAGAUGGAUCUGAAUAAUAACACCUUGAAGACAAAGGCUUCAGUCCCUAUGGUAUUGACUGCUGGCCCCAAGUGGUUGCUGGAUGUGACUUGGCAAGGAGUAGAAGACAACAAAAACAACUGCAUUGUGUACAGCAAAGGAGGGCAACUUUGGUGUACCACGACCAAGGCCAUCUCAGAGGGUGAAGAGCUGAUUGCCUUUGUUGUAGAUUUUGACUCAAGGCUGCAAGCUGCUAGUCAGAUGACUCUCACAGAAGGCAUGUAUCCUGCACGCCUGCUGGACUCAAUACAAUUGCUCCCUCAACAAGCUGCAAUGGCAUCUAUUUUGCCAACGGCUAUUGUGAACAAGGACAUAUUCCCUUGCAAGUCCUGUGGCAUCUGGUAUCGAAGCGAGCGGAACCUGCAGGCCCAUCUCAUGUAUUACUGCAGCGGGAGGCAAAGAGAGGGACCUCAGCUGUCAGAAGAGAACGAAGAGAGUGCUCAGCAGAUAUCCAGUGUCUGCCCCUUUCCACAGUGCACCAAAAGUUUUUCUAAUGCAAGAGCUCUAGAAAUGCACCUAAAUUCUCACAGUGGAGUGAAAAUGGAAGAAUUUCUCCCUCCCGGUGCUAGUCUGAAAUGCACAGUUUGUACUUACACUGCAGACUCGGUGAUUAACUUUCAUCAGCACCUGUUCUCGCAUCUUACUCAAGCUGCUUUUAGAUGCAAUCACUGCCAUUUUGGCUUCCAAACUCAGAGGGAGCUACUGCAGCACCAAGAGUUACAUGUCGCUGGCAACAAAAUUCAGAGAGAAAGUGACGUCGAACACUCUCCAAGUGGAAACGAAGAAGGUUUGCAGCCAGCAACGGACCUGCUGAGCAGAAAUGAUGUUCCCCAGAGCCAAAAGACCAUGCAGACUAAAGAUGCAAGUUCUGAUACAGAGCUUGAUAAAUGUGAAAAAAAGGGUCCCCUUUUCCUUCCAAACCAGAGGCCAGAAACCCAGCCUGCAACAAAUAAGCAGAGUUUCUCAUACACUAAAAUAAAAUCUGAACCAUCCAGUCCAAGACUUGCUUCAUCGCCAGUUCAGCCUAAUAUUGGUCCUUCUUUCCCAAUGGGACCUUUUCUUUCCCAAUUUGCUUUUCCCCAAGACAUCACUGUGGUUCCUCAGGCUUCAGAGAUAUUAGCCAAAAUGUCUGAACUGGUCCAUCGAAGACUAAGGCAUGGAAGUAGCAAUUACCCUCCUGUAAUUUACAGUCCUCUGAUGCCCAAAGGGGCUACAUGUUUUGAGUGUAACAUAACAUUCAAUAAUUUGGACAACUACUUGGUACACAAAAAGCAUUACUGCAGCAGCCGAUGGCAGCAGAUGGCAAAGUCACCAGAUUUUUCCAGUGUUCCAGAAAAAAUACCAGAAGCUGUAAGUCCCAGUAAUGGCCAAAGCUCCAUAAACAUCCUGAAUGCAGGUCCCCACACGUCAGAUCCAGAUAAUCAACUUCUGCAGACAUCUUGCAUAAAUUCUUCUAAUGUUUUAGAUUUGAUUGGGCCAAACAAUAAAAGUCAUGAAAAAGACUUUACAGCACAAUCUAAGAAGUUGUCAGCUGCAAGUAAUGGUGAUGAUAAGAUAAAUGGGAAACCUGAUGUGAAGAAUCCCAAUGCUCCUUUAGUAGAAGGGGAGAGUGAUCCUAACAAGACCACAUGUGAAGCUUGCAAUAUUACUUUCAGCAGACAUGAAACAUACAUGGUCCACAAACAGUAUUACUGUGCCACUCGGCAUGAUCCUCCACUGAAGAGGUCCGCUUCCAACAAAGUGCCUGCCAUGCAGAGAACAAUGCGUACUAGGAAGCGAAGGAAGAUGUAUGAGAUGUGCCUACCAGAGCAAGAGCAAAGGCCACCACUAGUUCAACAGCGAUUUCUAGAAGUGGCUAAUCUUGGCAAUCCUUGUACAUCUACUCAAGAGUCUACAGAGGGACUUGGAGAAUGUUACCAUCCACGAUGUGAUAUCUUUCCAGGAAUAGUCUCAAAGCAUCUGGAAACUUCACUGUCUAUUAACAAGUGUGUUCCAGUUUCAAAGUGUGAUACUCCCCACUCUACUGUGUCUUGCUUGGAGAUGGAUGUGCCAAUAGAUCUCAGUAAAAAGUGCUUACCCCCAUCAGAGAGGACAUCCACUUCUCCCAAAAGGCUGCUGGACUACCAUGAAUGCACAGUAUGCAAGAUCAGUUUUAACAAGGUAGAGAAUUACCUGGCUCACAAGCAGAAUUUUUGCCCUGUCACUGCCCAUCAGCGUAACGACUUGGGACAACUCGACAGUAAGGUGUUCCAAAACCCAGAAAGUGAAAGAAACAGCCCAGAUGUCAGUUACGAGAGAAACAUAAUCAAAUGUGAGAAAAAUGGAAACUCAAAACAGGCUUCUCCUAAUGGAAACUUGUUUUCCACACACUUAGCAACACUUCAAGGACUAAAAGUCUUUAGUGAAGCGGCCCAGCUUAUUGCUACAAAAGAAGAAAACAAACAUUUGUUUCUUCCACAAUGCCUUUACCCUGGAGCAAUAAAGAAAGCUAAAGGAGCAGAUCAGCUUUCUCCAUAUUAUGGAAUAAAGCCAAGUGAUUACAUUUCUGGUUCUCUCGUCAUUCAUAAUACUGAUUUAGAUCAAAAUACAAAUACAGAAAGUGAAUCUCCUAAAGGCCAGGUGCCUUCAAAUGGAUGUGCUGUGCAGAAGAAAGAGUCUCUUCCACUAUUGCCAAAAAACCGAGGCAUGGUAAUAGUUAAUGGGGGACUAAAACAGGAGGAAAGACCUGCCACAAACCCACAGCAAGAGAACAUUUCCCAGAAUCCUCCACAUGAAGAUGGGCACAAGUCUCCUUCUUGGAUCUCUGAGAAUCCCUUAACUGCAAAUGAAAAUGUCUCUCCAACAAUUCCUACAGCAGAGGAACAGUUGUCUAGUAUAGCUAAAGGCGUGAAUGGUUCUACCCAGGCCCCAACCAGUGGAAAGUAUUGCCGACUGUGUGACAUCCAGUUCAACAAUCUUUCAAACUUUAUAACUCAUAAGAAGUUUUAUUGCUCGUCACAUGCAGCAGAACAUGUCAAAUGAAACAAUCAGUCACCUUUGGUACCUGUGUUUAGCAUAUUGUUCCAUACAGUCUAAAGAAAGCUGUUUGAAUUACAUCUGGACAAUCAGGAGAUUUCACUAUUGCCAAGUUGAAGACUUAAAGGUGUAAUUUCAUUACAGUCCAUUAGUAAAGUGUAUUAUUGGUGCCAUUUUCAAAACUAUUAAUUUAUUUUACCAGCAGUAUUCAUAGCUGUAGUUAUGUUAUUUUUUAUUUAAAAACUUUAUAUUAAAGUCAUUUGUAAUGUUAUUGUAUAGUUAUUGUGUAGCACAUAUGGUUUGCACUGUAUAGUAGAUUUUAAAAAAAAUAGUCGCAAACAAUACAGAAGAGCAUUUUAGAAAUAGCUUCAAAAGCACUUGUGUAUCCUGUUUUUUUUCUUAUAUGCUGUUGCAGAUAUAUGUAUAUGCUAAAAUAUAACUUGCAAAGAAGUUUCAACUAUGCUGUAGAGUUCGCCUUAAAAUUUCAAUUUUUUGAACAAUUGGGCUCAGUUUGCACUUUAUAUUUUAGCAGAUACAGUACCUUAGUCAUUAGGCUUUGCAUUUGUAUGUAGCAGUAUGUUUCUGUCCACUUUCUUAAUCUGAAACGUACGUUAAAUGAAGAUGGCAUUUUUUUUCUUGUAUAGUACUUGUAUUUUCUUUCGCUGAUGCAUCUCUGUCUCAAUUUUUAAACCUUUGCUGUUAAAUGCAAUACUUUAUAAAGAAUGAACAAAAUUACUGGAAGCAGUAUUGUAAGUAAUGAGGUCAUAUCAAUCAGUUUUAUCUUUUGAAAGGCACAGUCUAAAACAAAACCCUAAACUCAAUGCUGCAAUUAUGAAUCUAAUUCAUAUAUAAGAUAUAUUUAAAUAUAAGAGUAGCAAUACUGCAACUGGUGAUCACAAAGAUAAUGUUCUACUUCUGAUAGAAAUAAUUUCUCAACAAAUGUUGUUACUAUGCAUGUAUAUGGAUGGAAUAAAAUUCCAGAUCAUUGGAGAAGUUUGACAGUCAUUUCUUUACAUUUGUUUUACCUUGUUUUUCAAGGAGGAUUUGGAGCUUACAAACUGUGAAGGGAAGCUCUCAGAACUAGGUAAACAUUGCCACCUCUUCAAUAGCAGCAAAGUGUUCAAAGAGAAAAUUAGUACAAAAGAUGCCUCCACUUCAAAGGAGUCUUUGCCGACAGGUCAGUAGUACAACUAAGUCAGACCACCUGGUGAACUAAAAGGGUGAAGGUCUGAAACCAGAAAGACUGUUCUCUCUACUUGAGCUCCUGAAGACUUACUUCACUGAUAGUACCUCCAUAUGUCAGUCAUCGAACAAUCUGCUUCAUAACACCACUGGCAUGAUUCUUUACGUCUUCAGUGGUCUUAUAUGAAAAACAAUAGCGUUCAUUUAAAUAGAACAGCAGUUUGCUCCACUAAUGCAAUAUAGAAAUACUGUUCAAUAAUUUAUGUUAUAGAAAAAUUUGAACAAUUGCACAAUUAAUGCCCUUCAGUUGCAAUUGUUCAGUCUCCUGAAUGCUGUUCUCAUUUAAAAAUUCAUACUAUAAAAGUGACCUAUUGAAGCAUUUUUCAUCCUACAAAUUUGAAAGCAAAACCAUGACCUGAAUAGUCAUGUAGAGUUGUAUGUAAUUUAGUUCCUGUAUCAGCCAAAGAAACAGCACAGAACAAAAUACAUACAAGGAUGCUAUUUCAGCUUACCAGCCAGCUGGAGUCUAGUAGAAGAGUAUGAAGUACCACUGAUUGUUAGCAGCCCCAUUUCUGUGUACUUUGAAACUGAAUUUGUCCUUUUUUUCAUUUCUAAGUGUAGGUACAUACAAUCUAAUAGCAAAACCAAUAGCUAGCUGAACUUUAAAUGCAGAAGAAGAGUGCUUAAAAUUGUGCUAAUUCUCACUCUCAACAAAGGUAACAGGUGUUAUAGGUUCAUUUCAGUAGGGCUAAAAUUGGUCCUAUAGUAAAUACUUUGGGUAAUAAGACUUGUGAAGGAAAAAAAAGCAUUACAAAUACAGUGCGACUAAAGCAGACAAAUCAUUCAUGAUUAUUAAUUAAACAUUUAUUAGAAAGUAUCACACCAAUAUAUCUAAGACUCCACAAUAUUUGAGCUAGGUGGUACUUUUUGACCUCCUUGGUGACAAAAAAAAAUUAUCCAUUAUACAAAAUUGGUUUAAAGAACUAAGAAAUUGCAUCUGGAUUGAAAUAAGCUAAUUCUGAAAGGUCCACAUACAUAGAUGAAAACUUUUAGGUGAAGUUGGUCCAAAAGCCACAGGUUGUGUAAUUUACAGUUGCUGAGCUCUAGGGAUGUGUUUAGACGAUAUGUAAGUAAAGGAGAAUAUGAGGGUUAAAGGGAAUACGUAGCACAAAAGCAGUGCCAAAAGGAAAGAGCCUUAUCACAAAACAUUUCUGAUCUGGAAAUGCUGAGAGUACCUGAUAUAUUCCAGAGGUAAAUUAAAGCCUGCUAUGCUGCAUUAUAUUCUUCCCACUGGCUAGUCCAAUUGCUUUACAUGACAAAACAUACCUGGUAGCGUUUUCUCGUUAUAAAUUUUCUAUUUGUUUGACUGGUCCCAUUUUUAUAAGUUCAAAACAAGCACAUCAUGUUUAUCUGUGGGUAGAGAGUUACUCCAUUUUCUACUCAUUUUACUCACCUCACAGGAGCUUUUGGCAGCUCUGACACGUGCUAAACCUCAAAGUUAUGUCAUCACACUCUCUGAAAGUAAAACUUAACACUAGCCUGAUGGGUAGCAAAUAUAAAUUACUGAUAUUUGAUUUCUUAUAUAUUUAUUAAAAUAGUAUUUCAUAAAGAUAGCUGCUCACAUAGCCGGGCUCAGGAACAAUGUUUUCCCAUAACUUCACACACUAUUUUAACUUUUUUUCCCCCACUUUCUUUAUUGCACCUAUUUUUUAAUUUGUUCUUCUGAAAUAAGAAUACAAACACUUUGGCCAGCAGAAAUCUAUCUCCUGUCUCUGAAAGCAGUUUUCACAAUGCUGGCCUAAUCUCAGCUGGGAGCUUUACCCACACCUAUGUUUAAGUCACAGCAGGAAUAAACUACUUAAACGUGUUUUCUGAACCAGUGAUUAUUUGUAUUAUCUUCAGAUUAUAUCCACACAUGUGUUCAAGGUGGUAAUAGAACAGGUAAACUCCUAUUGCUAAAAACUUUCCUUGAAUAUAGACUCUUUCCUAGUUCUGCUUUUAAGGUUUUGUGGGUUUUUUGGUUAUUUCUUAAAUCACCUGUGCAAAGAGGAUCCAUCCUUAGUGAGCCUUUGAUACCUAGAACUCAGCAGGAAGCAGAGCACCUCGGUUAAAUGGUUUGAAUCUGCUAAUCCCGGUCAGCUGGAGUCAGUGAGUAAAUCUUUGGAUCUGUUGAGUGGAGAUGAGUAGCCUAACAAAAGUUAUUCAAAUAUUUCCUGGCUUUGUGUUACAAAAAGUAAAAUUGCUCCACAUGAAGGCCUAGUAUUUAGAAGAGCUGAUUCCUGCCCAGCUCCCUGUGUACUGAUUGCCUGGUGGGGUUUGCAUUCAACUUUUGUCUUUUUAAGGAAGAUUUCCUUAUUCACAAGACAUCCCAUCCACAUGUAGUGCUCAGAACUAGUGUGGCCGCAUCCCUGUCUGUCUCAUUUAUUUGUCUGUAUCCUGAAAUUCAGACUUUGAAAGGCUGUUGUGAGUCCCCAUUCAUACCAGAAUGUUCACACAAUUGUGAUGCAGUCUCUCACAUUGCCAUCUGAUUGUUUUACAUGAUGGUGAUUUUUCUCAUUGUAACCAUAAAUCAGGUGGACAUGCCUAAUGCAAGCAGUAAAGUGAAUUGCUACAAGUUGA